GUACUAUUGAUUUGAUUGAUUUGAUUUUUCUUUCCAUCAACUUUAACAAACUAUACACACAAGCUAAUGAUGGAUGAAACUAAUCCCCCAAAGUUCCUCGAUCUUUUGGAGGAAUAUGAGGCUGAUGAUAUCGCCACCAAGAUUUCUGAGAUACAGACGAGUAUGCAGGAUAUCCAAAGCAAAUUAAGCAAGAGGAGACCUGUUCAGAGGGAGAGAAAGGCACUUAAUAUAAAGGUAAAGGAUUUGGUCGAGCAAUUUUUCAAUGUUGGAGUCCGGCCCAUUAUCGCAAAUUCAGAUGCAAAAGGACGUGUUUUGGAUCUCUCGAAAGAGAGUUCCCUUUUAUUACGAGAUAUUUUGGUGCUGGCCACAAGUGGUAUGGAUGCACAAGAGUUGAAGGGCAAGAUUAUGGAUCAUACGGCGAAGUUCGCAGAUUCGGUUUGGAAAAGCAGUGGUGUGACACACAUCGACGCGGUCGAUAAUGAAGAUCACAUGUGGCAACCUGAUCCAACCAUAACCCAUUAUGAAGAUGACAAUGGUGAGUUGGAUAGAUUCAACGAGACAUUUUUUAUCCCAGAGCUUGGCGCAAGCGAACGGCAUCGACAAAAUCAACAUGCAGAAGACGACGACCCUUGUGCGAUAACGUUGGAAUACAAAUGGGAAGGACAGGUGUUUUUCGACGACCAGAAUGAAAACAAAGAGGAAGACACAUGUGGACGAAGAGGAGAAGAUGUUGAUAUGGAAGAGAAAGUAGAAGAGCCGCCAGCGAUGCUUCAGCCAUGGUAUAAUCCGAGCGUAUCCAGUUCCAAAAGUGGUCAUUCUCCACCGGAUUCUGAUGACGAGAGUGAAGGAGGACCAGAAUCCGACGUGGAAGAAGGUUCAAACGACAUGGUCGAUGGCCAUAAUGAUCAAUUGAACAUUGAACCAAAGACACAAACGAGGUUAUCUUCACCCAUGGAUGCAUAUGAGGAUGACAAUGAACAAUUGAAUGAGGGAGGACAAGAAUCCGACGUGGUAGAGGGUUCAAAUGACGUGGUCGAUGGCCAUGAUGACCAAUCGGACUCUUCACUAUCCCGUGCGAUAGAGGAACCCAAGAGAUUGGAAAGAGUUAUGUCAGCUGAAAGAGCUGAAAGGGCUGGGCGUGGCAAUAGUGGUCAAGUUGGUGUGCGUCGCGAUACUAUGGACGAAGAUGAGGACUGGGACCCAAGCCCUUUGGGGCUUUGAUAGUUAUAUCGAGGAGAGUAGAGCCAAGUCGACCACGUGCAAGCCACUUGGCAUCUAUAUCAUGGAGAGCACGGCCAGUGCGACCACUUCAAACACCAGGACAGCGCGACAGUGAGGGAUAUAUGAUUGAGUUCGUUAGGUCAAGGUCCAUGGAGCGAGAGAAUUCAAGAUAUAUGCCAUAGCCACGUCGCUAGAAUUUACCUCAAUGGGAGUGGGAUAGUCUUCUUAUAUGAUGCAUUGCCUAGGUAGUAUAAGAAAUUUCAACAAUGCA